GUAAAACUGGUAGUGAAGGAUUGAAAAACAGACGAAAUAUAUUUUUUACGAAAUUUUGCGAUUUGCUUUUAUUUAAUUAAAGCUAACAAAGAUACUUAGUAGAUCAUUCUAAUUAAAUCGGGGAAAACUAUGAAUGUUUUAAAUUCAAUAAGUCGUGCAAUACUACAAAAUUUUCUCAAACUAAAUAAAUUACAAUUGGCUACUGUUGCUUAUCAGUUUAAAGUUGAACGACCAGUUUAUUAUCCCGAUAGACAAAAUGAAAUGCAGCGGUUUACUGAACAACAGAAGUCACAGUUGGUCGCGGAAACACAAGAGAAGAAGAAACUUCCGAGGGAUUAUUACUACAAAAUACUCGGUGUGAAACGGCACGCAUCGACGCAGCAAAUCAAAGCAGCGUAUUAUACUUUGGCAAAACGAUUUCAUCCAGACGCAGGUAAUUCGCCACCUCAUGAGUCCAAACGGUUUCAAGAAAUUUCAAAUGCUUAUCAUAUACUAACGGAUGAAUCUAAGCGUCUGGAAUAUGACCAGUUGGGCAUGGUAAAGGAUGAACAGUCAUUUUUGCAUAAAUUCACAAAUUCGGGCAAUGGUUUUAUUAAUCGCAAGGGAGAAGUUGUUCUACCCACUACUCGCGAGGAAAUGAUAAAAAUGACAUCCGGUGAAUCUAGGCUAGAGCUUACGUUUUUGGAAGCAGCCCAUGGAUUAAAGAAAAAUAUUGAUAUACGUUUCCUUAAGAAAUGCCCAGCGUGCAACGGUAAAUCACCCCAGCUCGUCAACCGUAGCAAACCCGAGCUUUGUAGAAAAUGUCAAGGAAUUGGAAAAUUAACCAAGAAAACUGCCACAUAUACCAGUAUUCAAGUUUGUGAUCAGUGUCAUGGUAAAAGAUACAUUAAUCGUAACGAGUGUGAUACAUGUGAAAACCGUGGCGUUGUGCUAGAGACAGUUCGAAUUGUAGCACAAGUACCACCAGGAGUAAAACAUGGUGAAUUAGUACCUGUUGAUAAUCCAAAAACGAAACAACGCAUCCAUUACCGCGUACAAGUGCAACCGAGUGACAUCUUUCAACGUAUAGGCAACAAUGUACUUUCAGACAAGUACAUUAGUAUUUCGGACGCAGUAUUAGGUGGAACUUUUAAAGUACGUGGCAUAUACGAAGAACUAGAAGUUAAACUAGACCCCGGAACUGAGAGCCACACCACAAAAACAUUAAAGGGCAAAGGUAUUAGAUCUCGUGAUGGCACUGGCGAUCACAUCAUCAACUUUAAAAUACGUAUUCCUCGGCAAUUAAGUAUGAAACAGCGUCAACUAAUAAUGGCCUUAGCCAAGACGGAGGAUCACACAUUUGAACGACCUAUUUAGUGCAGCAUAUAUGAAGUAAUUGAAUAUGCAAAGCCGAAUCUGCCAAAUACUAUAAGUUAGGUUUUUAGUUAAAAUUUUUGGAGAUCCGAAAAUUUAAAGUCUUUUUAAGAACAAAUAUUUCAAUUGUUUCUUUGAAAAAUCUGUAA